AUGGCAGAUCACAGAGGCGUGCACUCGUCCCGCCGGCGCAUCACCCCGGCCCCGCAGCCGCCGCCCAAAGCAACCACGACCUCUCCACCAGCCGCGCGCACAACGCGCCGAAGAGGCGCAAGAAGCGCAAGCCGCGAUGUCGACGAACCCACCAAACCAGCGCGUCGCAGCGCGCGCCAAGCAAGCAUCGCCAGCGUCCUUGGUGAGAACGAGCCCGACGCCAGAGCACUUUCACGCGCAAAGCGUCAGGCUCAAAAAGAAGCUAUUCCAGCAGACCUGACAGUCGUAGAAGAAGUUCAGAUCCCGAACGCGCCCGCAUCACCGCCACGCACAAGCACGGAAAUCGCAAUACCCCGUCGCUCGCUUGGUGCAGUGUCCGAGAUGUCUGGUACAACGGCGAUAUCGUCCUUCACCAUGGUCGAAGCUGAAACCUUGGAGCCUCGCUUCAUGCUUCGCUACUUAUCCAGGCUUCAUGAAGAAGUAGUCGAGUGCCUAGACCAUCUGGUCCCUGCAGAGGGCGGCAUGGUGGAAGACGCUCAACGUAUUGAGCUUUUACAUGAUCCGAAUUCUGACUUCUUGGCUGACUACAACGCCUUCGAUCUACAAUUGAGGGCACGUCUCAGUCACUAUCGUGGAGACAAUCAGCAGUAUAUACACAUUCGAGCUGCGCACGCUGCACUGUUUCCAGGACCAAAUCAAGACGCUGCGACUAGAACCGGCUUGGACUUGCUACUCUAUCAAGCCAACCUGAUAGUCUUUGCCAAAGACAUGAUGCCUCUGGAGAGGAACGACAAAACCACAGUAGCAGCGCUUCGGGAUCUUGAUACUCAUUUUCCGUCUUUGUUUCUCCCAGCCCUUACUCUUGAUAUCAACGCCGCCGAAUCGGCCGCCGGUGAAAGUGCUUUGCUACAAGAGACUUUCGAGCUGGCGUUAGAGCUGCGAACGCAACUAGCCAUCUCUUCUCUGUCCCAUGGACUCACAGACAAUGCGUUUGAUCCUGACGCUGCGCUAGAUGAAGUGUUCUGUCAUCCUCCAGAAAGCAUUCCCCAGUUGGGUGUAUUUCGCGGCUGGUCUACGUUUGAACUGGGUGGAGAGGAUUCCCCCUUGCCCGGAGCAUUUGUUCAAAAGGUUGUUGCUCGCAUGGCGGCCAUCAGGGAGUUCUUCUCCACAGGCGAAACAUCACAGGGACAGGAAGGAAGCGUGAACCUGGACGAUUUAAGCGCGACAUUCCCGUGGACUGCGCUCGUGCUACGCUUAGUAGGCUGGGUGCGUGCUCGGGACAACGAGCUUGCAGCCGCUAUUCACUAUCAUGGCGGUGCGCGUGGCAUCCUAGAGAUGAUCAAGGCCGAAAAGGAACGAGCUAUCGCGGUUGUAGGAACAGGGCGAGUUGUUUCGCGGUCCUCGCCUCGCAAGAGCCGUUCUUCUUUCGGACGAAAUCGCAGGCGAAGCAGUGGAAAAUUUGAUCCAAACGCAGAAGUCGACACCGAGGUCCUCAGCAAGCUCAUUGCACGAGAAGGUGCCCAUCCUCAACUUCAGACGGCGCCGGCGGCUUCCACUACUCUGCAAGAGUCGCAAGAAGAAGAGGCUGAGCUGAUGGCAAUGGAGCACGGCCAGGAAAUGCAACAAGACGACGAUGUCGAGUCACAACCUUAUCGAGAUGAUGAGGGUAACGAUGCAACGAACGCUGUGGAACAACAUGUACACGACUUGGCGGCAGAUGAUAUCGUACCAACGCCUGUAGAGGAAAUCUUGAAUCAUCCACUGCCCGUUCAAGAGCCAGAGAUCCUGGAAGCGUCGCGACCACCUCAAUCAACGAAUGACUUCGUCAGUCUUCUUAAAGAGACCCGUUCAUCAGACAAAGAGAAUCGGGGGAUUUCUUCUCUGUUUGAGCGACAAGCGAAUGCGCAGCGCGUUCAAUUUGGAGAUGGGUUUGAUGAUAGUCAACCCACACCUGGCCCCUCUCGAAGCCAACCAUCGGCUGGUGCGUCCCGAAAGGGUAAGGAACCCCAGCGUCCUAGUCCCCGGAAGCGGAAGAUUCACGAAGUUUCCGACGACGAUGAUGAUGAUGAUGCUUUUGAAACGGCUCCUCGCAGUAGAAAUAUCCAGCAACAAAGGGCAAACGCACCUAAACGUGUCCGUAUUGAACCAAGCUCAUCUGGCGCACCCACCAGCCACCAGCCUCGGCCCAAAUAUUUUAAUGAUGGAUUUCAGUCUAUAGAAGAUUUCCCACGGCCCGAGAACGAUGAGCCAUCCGAGCCCGAAGCCCCUGAAAUGACCGAAGAGGCUCCUCCCAGAUCCACUUUCGACGAUAUCAGAGCUUUGGCCCGCGCGAAUGCCAUUCACAAGCCGCGUAGACGUAGAAUUAAUAGACCGUGGACUACGGCAGAAGAGGAGGCUUUGAUAUCGUACAUGUCAGAGUGUCCGCGACAGUAUUCCAAGAUUCUUCAGAUUGAUAGGGAUAGUCCACGCAAGUACUUCCAUGCACUGGAGAACGGCGAGUGGAUCGCAUAUCGCUCACAGGUCGACCUGAAGGACAAAGCGAGGGUAAUGGCCAAGAACAUGAUCAAGGCCGGUGCAGGUUUGCGACCAGGGUUUCAGGGUGUGAUCACGCCCGCCAUGGAGCAGCAAUUGAGAGCUGAUGGGUUUCAUUUCUAA